AUCUAUACAAGGGGACAUGAAUCUCGGUAUUCGCCUCGACAGACGGCAGAUCUGUCACCUGUCAAACGGGGCACCCACCACCGUUACGGAAGUGAUCCAUCAUCAAACUCUUGGCAAGUUCCAAUAAUUUCUGAGUAGAAAGCGACCACCAACGGUUCGUUCUGAGUGUCCCCAAGCAUUUUCUGAUCAUAAACCACCACUGGUUAAGUAGAUUUCAUUACCUGGAACUCAGGUGAUUCAAGUGUUCGAUCCCCGUUUGUCCCGAUUUUGACGUGUGUCGUGACCUCGGCCGCCAUUUUGCAAAGUUGAUUCUUCGGGUUUUAGUUAUUGUACAAAAUAAUUGAAGAUUUAGGGGAUAAACACUUGUACAAAUGGCUUUGAAAAGGAUUAAUAAGGAAUUACAAGACUUAGGUCGAGACCCACCAGCACAGUGCAGUGCAGGACCAGUUGGAGAUGAUUUAUUUCACUGGCAAGCAACAAUUAUGGGACCGCCUGACAGUCCGUAUCAGGGAGGGGUGUUUUUCCUAACCAUACAUUUUCCCACAGACUACCCUUUCAAACCGCCAAAAGUGGCAUUCACAACUAGAAUUUAUCAUCCAAACAUAAACAGCAAUGGUAGCAUCUGUUUGGAUAUACUCCGUUCUCAGUGGUCACCAGCGCUGACUAUAUCAAAAGUUUUAUUAUCUAUCUGCUCACUACUGUGCGACCCGAACCCAGACGACCCGCUAGUGCCCGAAAUCGCCCGAAUAUACAAAACUGAUAGAGAGAAGUACAAUGAAUUAGCCAGAGAAUGGACCCGGAAAUACGCCAUGUGAUUGCUCCAAGUCAACGGCGACACUUCACAUAUUUACUAUUAUUAUUAGACAAAAAUAAUUACAAAAAACAACUUAUUUAAAAUAAAAACGGUAUAUCAGCGUUUAAUGCGGACAUACGAGGCCAAAGGCGCUCACAGUGUGACAGUGUCACCAUUAUGGGGCCGAGGGAUCGAGUUUUAGGUUAAGGCGGAAUUCGCGAUUUUUUGUAAUUUUGAAAAUUAAUAGUCGGCACUCAUCCUCAGCAUUGUAGGAGGUUUGUAAAAUGAAUUGUGCGUGACAUGUUUUGAAGUUUUUCAACUCUUGAUCAGUUUUUGUAAACAUUUGAUUAUGAGUUAAUUCGAACAUGAUUGUAAUUUAUCUUUGAAAAUAGAAACCGUGCAGGAGGUUGAAGAUGUGUUAUUGAAUAUGGAAUAUUGCCGAUCAUUUGAUGCAUGAUUUAAUAGAGCUAGUUAAUUUGUCAUUACUGUUGGUGGAAAUCGUCAUUAUUAGCUUAUAUCUAAACAUAAUUCAGGCAUUUAUUUGCUGGUAAAACACAUUUCAUUUUGAAAAAUACUUGUGAGUGGAUACAUUUCCAUUUGAUACAAGUAUUUAUAUUUCUAAACCAAGUGUGAGCAAGGAGUAACCUACUGUUACUACCGUUUGUUCAUCUCUAUGGUGUAAAAGCGAUGCAUGCACCCUAAAAGUACUUCGUCUUGUGAUAAAAGCAGGUUUUAUCCUUGCUGUCUUUACCCAGUUCUUGGUCAUCAAGUACCAAUAUUAUUAGUAAUAAUAGGUUUUCCAAACCGAAUGUACUAUUUGAAACGUACUAUUUAAAGAGUGUAUGCAGCAAUGUUACUAUGUACAUAAACAUUACUGGGUUGUAUUUAUUAUAGUUUAAUAUCGAAAUACGUAACGAAAUUUCUCACCGCUUUUGACAUAUUUAUACCGAUUUUCACGUCACAACACUUCAUUGGAUUUGUGAGGACAUUCACAACCAACUUCGAAUCUAUAUCAAUGGCUUUUCCUUGCGCGACACAUAGUUUUUGACAACUUGAAUUCACGUAGUUUAAUUCAAACACUGGGCCCAAUAGUUUGUUGGAAUUCCGUAACUUUAUUUUUGGCGGUCUUAAAAAUAUUUCUCUCAUCGUCACAUUUUUAACAUAUGAUCUCGUUGCCCCAUAGGAAUGUUUUUGAGCGCGUCAAGAUGAUUCGCUGAAACUCGAUCCUUUUUUCCUUUAUAAAGUCCUCGACCCCUCCCCCCUUUUUUGGAAAAAUGCCAGGUACAUCAUCUGUCUCUUAAGUUAUCUGUUUCCGGUAGCUGGUAUUUUUCCUCCAUGUGGUAACGUAAAUAUCGUUUUUUAUUAUGCCCUCUUAAAAAAAUGCGGGGAAAGCAAUUUAAAAAAUGGAACUUGUAAAAAUUGAGAUUCUUUGUUUCUUUUCAGUACUUUCUAAUAUAUAUUGUGGUUGUACACUAUACACAAGUUUAGUUUUAUUUAAAACCAUAAAAUUAUACCCCUGAGGAAAAAGGGAGAGUAUGAGCAAAUGAUAUUGUCAUUGUCUAACAUUUGGGGAACAUGAUGGACCACUCUAGAGCGAUCAAAGUAUGUAAAUGUGGUAUUUAUACCAGCAAAAAUUUUAGUUUCCCAUAGAAAAUCGAGCUGUUGUUCCUUAAAUACGAGGGUGAAUCAAAUAUGAACAGGACGUCUUGGUAUAUGUUUAGUGGGGAUGUCAGGAAGAGAGGCGUCAGUCGGUUUGGCGCGCCGAAGUAGAUGAGCUGUUAGUAGUAUCAUGUCCGAGUAUGAGGUGCACAUGUCUGUUGCGCAACGCAUUAUCAUAAAAUUUUUGUCGCGGGAGGGCGUAAUACCUCCCGAAAUUUUGCGUGAAUUAAAAGCACAGUUCGGCGAUAAGAUACUUCAAGGACACAACUAUAAUACUGACAAAAAAAAUUCCAAUGGCCGAGAGACAGUGGAAAACGAGAGCCAUGAGCUCCGACGCAGGUCAAACAUCAAUGAGGCGAAUAUUCGUGCAGUCUAUGAACUAAUUGAAGGUAACAGAAGAAUUACAGUAUUCGACAUUGCCGCACAUGUCGGAAUAUCGUACGGGAUGGUUCAGUCGAUCAUUUCGGAUGAGCUGGGUUACCGGAAAAUGUGCAAGAUAGGUUCCUCGCCUUUUGACGGAAAAUCCGAGAGCAAACCGUCUUAACGUGUGUGAAAGGCUUUUGGCACGAUAUCGAGCAGAGGGGGUGAUUGGUUCAUACAUACUGUUAUGAGACGUGGGUGUAUUAUUUAUUACACCCCUGAGUCGAAGCGGGCAAGCAUGGAGUGGCGAAAGCCUGGAGAGGCGGCACCGAGAAAAUCCAAGACCAGUCUUUCUACAGGAAACGCAUGUUUGGGCCACUUAAAGAAGACCUGGAAAGUCACCAUUUUGACGACGACGAAGAGACGUGGAGACGUUCGUGCACAAUUGGCUACUGACACGACCAGCUUGAUUCUUUGAUAAGGGAAUUAAAAAACUUCCAACCCGAUGGAAAAGUGCAUCAAUAAGCGAUGAGAUUAUGUGAGAAAUAAGAUGUAAAUGAAUUUGUAUUUACUAUACCAGUAAAAUUACUAAAAGUCCGGUUCAUAUUUGAUUCACCCUGGAUUUUUUUUUAAAUUGUUCAUAUCCA